GCGCUGGGAGGGCACCGGGCUGGUGGCUAUGACCAGGGGGCUUGGAGGGCUGGGUGGAAGGAUGGAGUCAAGGUUGGGGUUUUAGAGCUUAUGGUCCCGCCCUGGGACAUAUACUCAGCCUUAGUAAGUCAGCUAACCGACCCUGCGUCUCAGGUGGCUUCUACACAAAAUAAAGAUCAUAGUAUUUGUCCUAUGUGGAAGGCUUUACUGAGAUUUAAAAAAUUAUGAUUAGUUCCCUAAUAAACCUGAUAUUUAAGAAUACAGAUCUGAAAUACAGCCUGCUAUCCAUAUGACCCAGGAUCACAUUUUGCAACUCUCAGGUUUUAUAGAAUGUUGUAAACGACUGUCAACGUUGUUUCCCAAGACAUAGAUCAGGUCGCAGCUUCUUCCUAGGAACAGAAACUUUUACAGUUGCAUUCAAUGCCUAACAUUGCUGAAACCGAAAGGUCCAGUGGUUCUGGAAAUGCUGAGCACAGAUCGGAGAGAAAGUCUCCGGAAGAGAAUCUACCGGGUGCUGUAGGGUCUUUCUGCACAAGGGCCUCGGGAGCACCCUUGGGCCCCAAAGGAGGUGGCCAUUAUCCCUGGAGUUGUCCAGUGACUCACACUCGGGAAAAAAUUUAUGCCAUCUGUUCAGACUAUGCCUUCCUCAACCAGGCAACCUCGAUUUACAAAACUCCAAACCCAGCCCGCUCUUCUUGCCUCUCCGACAGUACCUCAUUAUCUGCCGGGAAUAAUUCAUCAAGGUACAUUGGUAUCCCCACGAGUACAUCGGAAAUAAUCUAUAAUGAAGAAAAUAGCUUGGAAAACUUAUCCAAGAGCCUGGGGAAGCUACCUCUCGCAUGGGAAAUUGAUAAAUCUGAAUUUGAUGGGGUGACCACAAAUUUGAAACACAAGUCAGGCAAUGCAAAGAAACAAGUUUCCAAGAAAAAAACUUCAGAUAAAAAAGGAAGACAUCAGAGAGAGUGCCCACAACAUUCUCCUCUUGAAGAUAUUAAACAGCGGAAAGUAUUAGACCUCAGGCGAUGGUACUGCAUAAGCCGACCACAAUAUAAGACUUCUUGUGGUAUCUCUUCACUGAUUUCUUGUUGGAAUUUCUUAUAUAGCACAAUGGGAGCUGGAAGCCUUCCUCCUAUUACCCAAGAAGAGGCUCUACAUAUUUUGGGCUUUCAGCCCCCAUUUGAAGAUAUUAGAUUUGGCCCUUUCACUGGAAAUACAACACUCAUGAGGUGGUUCAGACAAAUUAAUGACCAUUUCCAUGUAAAAGGAUGCUCUUAUGUUCUGUAUAAGCCCCAUGGGAAGAACAAAACAGCUGGAGAAACUGCUUCAGGAGCCUUGUCAAAGUUAACACGUGGAUUGAAAGAUGAAUCGCUGGCUUAUAUCUAUCAUUGCCAGAAUCAUUAUUUUUGCCCAAUUGGCUUUGAAGCAACCCCAGUUAAAGCUAAUAAGGCAUUCAGCAGGGGGCCUCUCUCACCACAGGAUGUAGAAUACUGGAUCUUAAUUGGAGAAUCAAGUAGGAAACAUCCUGCCAUUCACUGUAAAAAAUGGGCAGAUAUUGUUACUGACCUAAACACUCAAAACCCAGAAUACCUGGAUAUCCGGCACUUAGAGAGAGGACUGCAGUUUCGAAAAACAAAGAAGGUUGGGGGAAAUUUGCAUUGCAUUAUAGCAUUCCAGAGACUUAAUUGGCAAAGAUUUGGCCUUUGGAACUUUCCAUUUGGAGCCAUUAGACAAGAAUCCCAACCUCCAACACAUGCGCAAGGAAUUGCCAAAUCUGAGAGUGAAGACAAUAUCUCCAAGAAGCAGCAUGGGCGUCUGGGCCGCUCUUUCAGUGCUAGUUUCCAUCAGGACUCAGCUUGGAAAAAGAUGUCUAGUAUCCACGAGAGAAGGAACAGUGGCUACCAGGGCUAUGGUGAUUAUGAUGGGAAUGACUGAAUAUGCUGGGUACUGAACAACUCGUGUUACUCAUACAGUGAUUAUGUACAGGACUACAUUAAGACGGUAGAGAUUUUACUGAGUCUACAGUAAUAGGAAUGGAUUUUGUGGUACAAAGCAUAACCUUGUAGUUCUCUAGUAAAUAAGCUUAUAUAUGAUUAUGAUGGGUGAUUUCAGAUAUAUAAGCAGAUAAGCACAGAUUUUUGCCCUUUUAAAAUGAAGAGUAUAUAAGCAAUCUGGACAGAAAGUUUCAUCCAAUCAGAUAAAAUUACAACUGCCUCUAAACAAAAACACAAAUUCACUUAACAGCAUCCAGAUUUGAAAUACUUAAGCAUGAAGUGAUUUCUCAUGACUUGAUCCCUAGACAUUUGGUACAGAUAGUCAUAUUCCUAAGAUCAAGAUGUAAAGCACCAUUUGCCCUUUAAGAACUCCAGUUCUUAAAGGCUGUCAAUUUCUAGUUUUUGCUCAUGAUUAAGGCUAAGUUAAAAUUAUUUUGUGAGUCUAGUAGUUCUUUCAAUUAUAGUAUCUUGUUUGCCUCAUAUGUUUCCUGUCUCAGGAUUCUGAAUAAAGAGGCAAAAGAGAAAAGACUCAAGAAACUGAUCUUUUCUAUUGGUGCAAAUGGGUAACAGUGUAUUGGUUCAGAUAUUCUUGACUCUAAACUUGGUAUGUUUGGAGUGAAUACUGACAAGAACAGUAGGUCUUGAAAAACUUGUGUAAGUCUAGAAUAGGAAUAGAGUCAAAGAACAAGUUUUCCAUACUCAUAGUAAUCUGUGCGGGGAGAUCUUCUGAUACUUGAUUGGUCCCUUACAUGGAGUCAUAUGCUAACAACAGCAUUGCAGAUGCAUUAGGAAUGCCCCGGUCACUCAGAGGAUAACUAUCUGUAUUCUAAACUGAGCAGUUUCCUUUUUUGAACUAUAUAGAUAAUUAGCUGUUUGAAGUGAGUGUUAAAUAUUUCAGAAGUUUGGAUUUCAUAUACUUGAGCUCCUCUCUAGCUGCUGUCAGUUUUUCUGCUGCCAACCUGUGACUCAUGAACAACUAGGAUCUCUUGUUCUUUCAUUUCAGGGCCUUGUUCUAGGACUGAAAUCAGUAUCUUGGUAAAUACAAGGUGCUGAAAAUAUUGGUAACCAUAUUGCAAUACACCUCAAGGAGAGGGUUCAGAUUUUUAUUUUUAAAAUGUGUUUCUUUUUUUCUCUUGAAUUUUAUAUCCAUUGAUCCACUCAUAUGUCUAGCCUACGGAAAGGGUUACAUAUUAUGAAAUGGUCAUUUUUCUGAAGAGAAUAUUUUGCUUGAAAUGCAAAUGACUGAAAGAGAUUUGUAGGUUGUUGAUUUUGUUACUUCAUACUGGAACUUUUAAAAAGUUUUCAUCAAAUAAAGUUUUGUUUUCUACUUUUAA